AUGUUUCAUGAUGAAGGAAUGCUGGGUAUCCAGGACUGUGUUCAUGAUGAAGGAAUGCUGGGUAUACAGGACCGUGUUCAUGAUGGAGGAAUUCUGGGUAUCAGAGACAUGUUUCAUGAUGAAGGAAUGUUUGGUAUACAGGACCGUGUUCAUGAUGGAGGAAUUCUGGGUAUCCGAGACAUGUUUGAUGAUGGAGGAAUGCUGGGUAUCCGAGACAUGUUUCAUGAUGAAGGAAUGCUGGGUAUCCAGGACUGUGUUCAUGAUGAAGGAAUGCUGGGUAUACAGGACCGUGUUCAUGAUGGAGGAAUUCUGGGUAUCAGAGACAUGUUUCAUGAUGAAGGAAUGUUUGGUAUCCAGGACUGUGUUCAUGAUGAAGGAAUGCUGGGUAUACAGGACCGUGUUCAUGAUGGAGGAAUGCUGGGUAUCCGAGACAUGUUUCAUGAUGAAGGAACGUUUGGUAUACAGGACCGUGUUCAUGAUGGAGGAAUGCUGGGUAUCCGAGACAUGUUUCAUGAUGAAGGAAUGUUUGGUAUACAGGACCGUGUUCAUGAUGGAGGAAUUCUGGGUAUCCGAGACAUGUUUCAUGAUGAAGGAAUGUUUGGUAUACAGGACCGUGUUCAUGAUGGAGGAAUGCUGGGUAUCCGAGACAUGUUUGAUGAUGGAGGAAUGUUUGGUAUACAGGACCGUGUUCAUGAUGGAGGAAUGCUGGGUAUCCGAGACAUAUUUCAUGAUGAAGGAACGUUUGGUAUACAGGACCGUGUUCAUGAUGGAGGAAUGCUGGGUAUCCGAGACAUGUUUCAUGAUGAAGGAAUGUUUGGUAUACAGGACCGUGUUCAUGAUGGAGGAAUUCUGGGUAUCCGAGACAUGUUUGAUGAUGGAGGAAUGUUUGGUAUACAGGACCAUGUUCAUGAUGAAGGAAUGCUGGGUAUCCAGGGCUGUGUUCAUGAUGGAGGAAUGCUGGGUAUCCGAGACAUGUUUGAUGAUGGAGGAAUGUUAUUUAUAGGAGACUAUGUAUUUGCUGUCUUGUGUGUUUGUAAAGAUAGUCUUGAAUUUGUUAUUCAUGUUUUUUUAGACAAGGUGAUAAUCACUUGA